UUAAAAACUGACAAGUAAUUAGUUAGCUAGUUAGUUAGUUAGCCAGUAGGCUAGCUAGCUAAUUAACGUUAGCUAGGUUUGGUAGUCUUCAAAUGCUAGCUUACGUUAGCUAAGGCUAACCAAAAAUACAAAACUCCCCCAAAAGCUUCGUCUCCAGGAAGAUGGGCUCGACUUUCUUUGUAUUUUUUGGUGUGAAGAAGCUGUUAUAGAAAUGUUGAAACGGGGAGCGAGUGGGAAAUCUAGCUACAGUCCUUAUUCAACCAGCCAGAGGGUGAAGAAAUCAGACAAUAAGACCAAACUGGACAUCUUACCUAGUAGACCCAAUGUGUGGCUCAAACAGCUGUCCAUUCUUCAAGAGCAGCCUCGGAAAGAUGCUGGGGACUCCAGCACUUCUUCUACUUCUUCAUCUUCUUCGUCCAAUCCAGCCAACCUCUGUCCAUUACCCGCAGACAUCCCAAGCUGCCCGGGCACUCCCUCUGCCCAGCACUCCAAGCCGGUGGGCUGCCCAUCGCCUGUGGGCACCCUGAAGAGACCCACAGCCCUGAGCCGCCACGCCAGUGCCGCGGGCUUUCCUCUCCAGUCAUGGGUGUUCAGUAAAGGCCAGGGCCGUGCGGCCAUCGCCCAGAGCCCACAGGCUGAGACGGUGGAGACGCCGGCCAUCAUCGAGGUGGAGGACAUCCCCUCAUUGUUGCGCGUAGUGGCCCGUUUUGCAGAGGCUGUGGAGAAACUGAAAGACGUGGUGCUUGAAGACAAGCAUGAGAACCGGCGGCCGCUGGCUCACGAGUGUCUCGGGGAAGUUCUGCGGAUCCUGCGACAGGUCAUCAGCAUGUACCCCCUUCUCAACACAGUGGAGACCCUCACAGCUGCUGGAAAGCUCAUCUCCCAGGUCAAAGGUUUCCACUAUGAAAGCUGUGUUGAAUCUGAGAAGAAGGACUUUGAGAAAGCCAUUGAGACCAUUGCAGUCGCUUUCAGCAGCAAUGUGUCGGAGCUGCUGAUGGGGGAGGUUGACAGCAGCACUCUCUUGUCUGUACUUCCCACAGAAAAGAGCAGGUCUAUGGAGAAUCUGUACAAAAUCUCUGGUCAGGAAUCCUUACAAACACGGAGUGACUCUUCUGAAUUAGUAAUGAGUUCAGAGGAAGUGGACAUCCUUUUGCAGCGUAGUGAAGGUGGGGUGGACUCUGCUCUCACCUAUGCCAAGACCAUUUCCAAGUACAUGAAGGACCUCAUUGGAUAUGUUGAGAAACGAAUCUCUCUUGAGUUGGAGUUUUCUAAGGGCCUUCAGAGACUGUACCAGGCUUGUAAACAGACCAUCACACAGCCACACAUGCCUUUCUACUCGAUCUACUCUCUGGCUCUGGAGCAGGACCUGGAGCAGGGUACUGGAGUACAGCAAGCUGCAGCUACCCUGCACAACCAGACCUUUAUACAGCCUCUAAUGCAGAGGAAGCAGGAGCACGAGAAGAAACGGAAAGAGAUAAAAGAACUGUGGCUCAAAGCCAAGAGAAAACUGAUGGAUUCAGAGGCCAAUCUGAAGCGAGCUAAGCAGGUGUACAUCACUCGCUGUGAGGAGUAUGAGAAGGCCAAGAUGGCAGCUAGCAGAGCUGAGGAGGAGGGCAGCAGCUCCACCGCUAAAGCCCUGGACAAGAAGAAACGCCUGGAGGAUGAGGCUCGCAAUAAGGCUGAGGAGGCCGAGGCUACGUACCGAACUCUCAUUGCAGACGCCACCACGCAGCACCAGGAGCUGGAGCACAUCAAGGUCACAGUGCUGAGACAGAUCCAGGAGGUCAUUAAGCAGAGUGACCAGACGCUUCGCUCGGCCACGAUUUCCUACUACCAGACUAUGCAUGUGCAGACAGUGGCCCUGCCAGUACACUAUCAGACGCUGUGCGAGAGCAGUAAGCUGUAUGAUCCGGGUCAGCAGUACGCCACCCACGUCAAAGACCUGCAGAUGAGUGAGGAGCCUGAAGUCCAUUACAACUUUGAACCAUUCUGUCCCUCCAGCAGCCAGCAGGCAGCCAGAAUGCGCACGGACAGCUCCAACACAGAGGCUGCAGCUCACAGCAGCACUGAAGCGUCCGUCACAGCAGGAGAAGAUCCAGCCUCCUCUCAGAAAGAGGAGAACAGAAAGGUACGUGGUCACUUGACUCAUAAAUCAUGGGGCUCCACUGCCAGUGACACAGAUGUUGUGUGUGGAGGCAGCGGACUGGGCUCCCCCACCACCAGCACAGGAGACAUCAGUAAAAUGGCACGGACAGCUUCUACAGGAACCAUGUCAUCCAACGAGGAUGUGGAUGAAAAGGAUGGAAAUAUGGCUUCUUUUGAAAGUCCCAAUAUUAACGGCAUCGAGCCUGAGAUCGUGGUUCCCACUGGACCAUUUCGGCACAUCGGCUUGUCCAAAGCUGCGCAGACGCACAAACUCCGCAAACUGCGCUCUCCAGCCAAGUGCCGGCAGUGUGACAGCUAUGUGUACUUCCAGGGGGCGGAGUGUGAGGAGUGUUUCCUGGCCUGCCAUAAACGCUGCUUGGAGACUCUGGCCAUUCAGUGUGGUCAUAAGAAGCUGCUGGGCCGCCUCCAGCUCUUUGGACAAGAAUUCUCCCAAGUGGCUUCCAACAGCUCCGACGGCAUUCCCUUCAUCAUCAAGAAGUGCAUCUGUGAGAUCGAGAGGAGAGCUCUGAGAAUGAAGGGUAUCUACCGUGUGAACGGGGUGAAAACUCGGGUGGAGAAACUGUGCCAGGCCUUUGAGAAUGGCAAGGAGCUGGUGGAGCUGUCCCAGUCCUCUCCACACGACAUCAGCAACGUGCUCAAACUCUACCUGAGACAGCUUCCAGAGCCCAUUAUGCCCUUCCGUCUAUAUAACAGUCUGAUGGGUCUGGCUAAAGAGAGCCUGGCCCUGGUGGGGCCUGAGGGGGCCGAGGCUGGGAAAGGGCCAGACCUGGUGGAUCUGGGCCUGGAGACCGAUCCCAAGCUUAUGACACUGGUGCACCGAAUGAAGGAGCUCAUCGCAGAUCUUCCUAAAGCUAACAUCACCACGUUACGCUACAUAUCACGCCACCUCCGCAGAAUUGCUGAACUGGAAGAGGAGAAUAAGAUGAGCCCCAGUAAUUUGGGUAUUGUGUUCGGACCCUCACUGAUGCGGCCCCGGCCUUCAGGGGCCACGGUGUCUCUUUCCUCUCUGGUGGAUUACCCGUUCCAGGCCCGUGUAGUGGAGACUCUCAUUGUGUUCUUUCCCACCAUCUUCCCAUCCCAGUCUAAUCGUACGGACAGUCCUUUAGUCCACGUAUCAUCACUGCAGCAGGAAAGCAGCGUGGAAGGAGAAGAAUCUGGAGCAAAUGAUGGAGAUGAAGCAGGUCACACUGAGGAGCAUGAAGAAACAGUGGCAGCCAAGCUAAAUGAUGGACUAGAGGGCUCCACAGGCACGCUGGGCUCACUGGAGCACAGUCUGGACUCCGACUCAGAGCUGGAGGAGGAAGGAAGACACGCAGAAGCGCAGAUCCUCAGUUCAUUGGACGAGUGCACCAAUGAGACCCCCGAUCAUCCUCCUGCAGCUGUUGAGCAGAUGAGCCCCUCCGGUUCAGACAGCGAGCCUCCUGCCCUGCCUGAUAGUGAGCCUCCAGACCUCAGCAGUCCAGAGGAGGAGACAGCAGCAAGCCCACUGGGAGAUUAAUCACACAGUUUUACUCCUUAUCUACAGGAACAGAGCACUAGGAUUUACUUAACUGUGGUACAAAGUGUAUGUAUAUACAGGCUCAGGUUCAUAAAAAAACAUCCCAGCGUUUAUCUCAGGCACUGGAGAAUUAGGAGUAAUGGUACAAUAUAAUCUUACAGUAUAUUACCCUGACAUGCCACAUGUCAUAAAACUAUAAGAGGACACAGCCAGUUCAAACCAUACACUGCCAGUCACAAUCAAUACCACCCACAACGCUGUCCACUGUGGGUGGUAAUGCCUUCUAUGACAGAUAACACAUCUUCAUAAAAGGAAUGUCUUAUCAUCUGACACCCACUAUCAGGUCAGGUUCAGCCACACUCACAAGAUAACACCUCACAACCUAUACAAAUGAGGGCAUUUUCAAGCAGCACCCUAAGGUAACAUUUCACGACCCCCUUACAUACUGCUAUCCCAUGACUUUUGGCAUGUCAGUGUAUAAGCACGUCAAUCAGACCAUCUUGGUGGACCAGAUUGGUGUAAUUGUUCUAAGGUACACAAUAAAGUAUUAAUGCUACAAUUUUUAUAAGGGGUCAUUAGCAUAAUGCAGUAUCAAUAUUUCAAAGUUACCACAUAAAGCUUAUAAAUAUAUUGUGCAUAUUGUGUAUUUACCACAGUGAAAAAAUGCAUUACAGUUACAGCUCUGGAAAAAAAUAAAGAGACCACUUAAGUUUCUGAAUCAGUUCUUCUGAUUUAUCGGUAUUGGUUUGAGUAUAAUGAACAUUGUUGUUUUAUUCUGGCACAGCAUUCCUAAAUUCCAAAUACAAAUAUUGUCAUUUAGAGCAUGUAGGCUAUUUCCAGAAAAUGAGAAAUGGCUGAAGUAACAAAAAAAACUUUCAGACCUCAAAUAAUGCAAAGAAAACAAGUUUAUAUUCAUAUUUGGUGGAAUAACCCUAUUUUUAAUUAGUUUUUAUGCAUCUUGGCAUGUUCUCCUCCACCAGUCUUACACACUGCUUUUGGAUAACUUUAUGCCACUCAUGGUGCAAAAAAUCAAGCAGUUCAGCUUGGUUUGAUGGCUUGUGAUCAUCCAUCUUCCUCUAGAUUAUAUUCCAGAGUUUUUUUUUUAUUUGGUAAAAUCAAAGAAACUCAUAAUGUUUCAGUGGUCUCUUAUUUUCUUCUGGAGCUGUAUUGUUGUGUUGGUCAGGGCUGCGAUUUGUGUCUCAGGACUCUUAAUGUGACAUUAUUUUUCUCAACAGUUUUAAUGAUGAACAGUAAAUAUUUAAAUGAUUUUAGUCCACAUAUGUUUGUGAGGGUUUAAAACUAAAUCCUGUUUUUACACUUUUUUAAAGCAGUCUUCAGUUUGGUUGUAUUAUUUAGAAGCCUCCUCAGACCACAUGCUUUAUAUACUAUAUAUUUACAUUUACAUUGAAAUAGUUUAUCAGAUGCUCUUAUGCAAAGUGGCUAAAGAGCCUAGCUCUAGCUAGUGUGAAUGUGUUUAUUAAAUAUGAUCUGUCCGGAGGGUGUAGAUGAGGUUCGGUACCAUUCUUUUUUUACAUCAUAAAUGUAUGCCAGAUUGUUUUAUUGUGAUAUUCUUUUAAUAAAAUCAGCAGAACUACUUCUAUGAAA